UGAUAAAGAAAAGUUGCGCUUUGUGAAAAGGGCGAUGUGAUAGGCAUGGAAUUCAUCAGGAGGUGGAGUCGGGUAUAAAUACGAGGAAGCUCAGUAGUUAUUAACAAGACGACGGCUGCUUCUCGAUCAAUCUAAUAAUCGACUCGAUCGAGCUGCAUUAAUUAGCAGAGACAAUAUAUGGAUUACUGCAUGAGCAAUACUGCUCCAUCCAGUUGCAGCUCUAUGACUGUGCGGGGAGGAGGAGGAGCAGCAGCGGAAGCGCAGGACUCAUGGAGAAAGGGCCCUUGGACUGCCCAAGAGGACAACCUCCUCAUCCACCACGUCAACCUCCAUGGCGAAGGAAACUGGAACUCGGUCGCCAAGGAGACUAAGCUAAGGAGAAGCGGAAAGAGUUGCAGACUCCGCUGGGUCAACUAUCUGAGGCCCGAUCUCAAGCGGGGUAAGAUAACCCCCGAGGAAGAGAAUGCCAUCAUUCACAUGCAUGCCUUGUGGGGCAACAGGUGGGCAGCGAUAGCUCGGUGCCUUCCCGGGAGGACGGACAACGAAAUCAAGAAUUACUGGAGAACUCACUUCAAGACCGACGACUGCAAGCCGUCUAAAAUUUCAAAGAAGGUUGAGAAGGCAAGAGCGGAGUUCCUCCAUCUCAAGCGCAAGAGAUCAGAGGAAAUCAAUGGGUUGAUCCAUCACCAAGAGCUACUGCAGCGCCAGCAGCAACCGCAAGAUGAGUUAUCCAGUUGUGUGAGUAAUUCAAUAAUGACGACGGCAAAGGACAAAGACCAAAUGGAGGAACAAAUUCUAAAGCUGCAGCAAAAAGGCAUGCAACAGGAGAGGCACAAUAUGGGGAUGGAGAAUACCGGUACUUGGGACUGCAACUACGGUUCUUCCUACAGUAUGCUCCAAGGAGGAGGCUGUGGCGAUUGUUUCGUCGACGGUGAUUGCUCGGCGGCAGAAAGCGGCUGGAGUGACGACCUGUGGCAGUACUGGCAUCUCGACGGAAUGGAGAGCCACUAAUUAGCUCUUAAUUAAUUGAAACGAGAGUUACUUAACUCUUAAUUAAUUACGGGCAAGAUGGAUAGCCAUCUCCUUGGUGAGAAAACUAAUUCCGGAGAGGGGUAAAUAAACAAGGAUCUUGGAUGACCCUGUUUACAGGUGUUGCUAGCUUUUUUUAAUGAAAAAAAGGGGAUAAAUUAAUACA